AUGUUACACAACACUUCUUACUACGGGCUCGCGAUGGACUCCGCUAAAGGCGGUUUUCCGGCCCGGCGCAAGGGUGGCGGCGUAUCGUAUGGUGUGGAUAUGUUGUCACUAUCGCUUGGUUCUUCGGCGAGAUUUGGGCCGAAUUUUCAUAGAGAUCCGAUUGCGAUUGGAUCGUUUCAUGCGGUGGAGAAGGGGAUUAUGGUGGUAUGUUUGGCGGGGAAUGAUGGUCCGAAUCGGGAAUCGGUUGUUAAUAUUGCGCCGUGGAUACUUACGGUGGCGGCGACUUCGAUUGAUCGGAAUUUUCAAGCGGAUAUUAUUUUAAGUGAUAAAACGUUGGUAAAGUUUAGAGAAAACAAUUCUAAAGUAUUGUGGUAA